AUGCGGCUGCUGUGGCCGGGCACUGAACCCGCGACCUCGUCCUCGUGCGGGUUUGAUUCUGCGGCCUCAUGGGCGUUCCUUCAAAUCGAAACCAACGAGCGUGCGAAGGACGAAGUUCAAGCCUAUGCAGCAGGAGCUCUGGAGGCGUACCUCACGCGGCAACUGAUCGAGUACCACUGGACGAACAUGUUCGGAGGCUACUGCGACAGCCAGCCGGAGUACUGCCGCAAACUGGAGCAGUUUCUUGCCGAAAACAACAAAUACUCACAACAGCAGCAGGAUCUCCGAAAGAACAACGAGUCAUUUUGUGAAGAGCAGCGCGAGGCUGCCAUGUGCAGCUCGGUGCCCGAGGUCCAGGACUGGAUCCUGGAUUGGGCCAAGAGGGUAAAUCUUCAAAUGAAGCAGUUGACGGGUCUCAGCGAUGAAUUUGAAAACAACGCGCUAGACUAUUCAAACGAGCUGACGGACGUCCCGAGAGUUCAGUACCUGAACGCUCAGGGCGACAUCCAGGACUUGGAGCACGCCUUGGGGCGUGAAACAGACUUCUAUUCGAUCGACCAGAUAAUGGCUUGUUCCGCUGUGGUCAAAGUUGUCGGAGACAACGAGGGCCUCAUCUUCGGUCACGAUGCGUGGUUCGUUUAUCGGGCGAUGCUGCGCUUCCAGAAACACUACAUUUUCCCCUGGCAUCUCACGGCUUCUCAGACGGAACCAGAGGACGUCGUUCCAGGCCACACGUGGACUAUAUCUUCCUAUCCCGGCAUGCUUAUGUCGUGGGACAGCUUUUACCUUACUUCUGGAGGACUCGCAAUUACGGAGACACAAUUGUUGAACAACAACGAGGAGCUGCAGAAGCAAGUGACUCCCAGCGGCGGAAUCCCCGGAUGGAUAAGGGCAGCAGUCGCUUCCCGCCUCGCUACGUCCGGUGAAGAAUGGGUGCGCAUUAUGGCUACCGAAAACGGCGGCACAGCCAACAGUCAAAACUUAGUGGUUGAUUUCAAGCUCUUCACUCCUGGGCAACCUGUCAGCGACGGUACACUUUACCUUCUGGAACGGAUGCCAGGCUUUGCCAAAUACGAAGAUGUAAGCCACGGUCUCCGCGACAAGAAAUACUGGCCUGGCUACAACGUGGCAUAUUUUCCAGAAGUAUUCGAAAUGACGGCACAACCGGAGAACAUCAAGAAAUACGGCCGCUAUUACAGCUACGACGAAUGCCCGCGCGCUAGAAUGUUCCAGCGAGACAACGGCAAGCUUACAGACGUGGACUCCGUUGUGACGUACUUGAGGUACAACGACUACAAGAACGACCCGUUGUCGCGCUGCAACUGCACUCCGCCCUACAAUCCAGUGCUCGCCAUCUCAGCGCGCACGGACUUGCUUGACCCGAACGGACAGUACGAUGCCCCUGCGAUGAACCGGCGUGCUGUCGGUGGCAUUGACGCCAAGGUUACAAGUAAUGAACUCUUUCCGUCAUUGGAGUUUGUUGGUGAGAGUGGGCCCACGUGGAGAAUCCAGCCGCCCUUCCAAUGGAGCACCAGUGGACUGGCAGACAGCCAUCUCGGGCAGCCCGACAAGUGGCAGUUCAAGCCUAUUCAGCAUAAGUGGGAGCCGGCGCUGCGCAGCACCUCAAGCAGCUAAAUGCUGUCAAAAGCGGUCGCGUUUCGGUGACCGAAAGGUCACUUUAUACAAACAGAGGCAACUUAUGGCGCAGCUUGUAAUGCUCCGCAAUAAAGAAACGGUCGUAAG